AAAUGAUAAAAAUCUACGGCCUGAAUAAUAGAGGAGGAGUUAUAGGCGAUUAAAAAAGAGAGGGGGUUAUAAAUAUCCUUUCCUUUCCUCGUUCAUCGUCCUGCUCAAAGGUCUCCACCUCUUCCUCUCUCUUAUCGUACUCUCUCAGGGUUUUGAUCUUUCUCUCUCGAUCGCAAAACCUCUCCCGAUCCUUUCGAAUCGGGAAUCCUCAAGGUCCAGGAGCGCUUUGGGAAUCAAUCUUUCAGAAUGGAGCGGAAGACGAUUGAUUUGGAGCAAGGAUGGGACUAUAUGCAGACUGGUAUCACUAAACUGAAACGGAUUCUUGAGGGAUUGCCUGAGCCGCAAUUCGACUCUGAGCAGUACAUGAUGCUCUAUACGACUAUCUACAACAUGUGCACCCAGAAGCCUCCUCAUGAUUACUCGCAGCAGCUUUAUGACAAGUAUCGUGAAGCGUUUGAGGAGUAUAUUAACUCAACGGUUUUGCCUGCUUUGAAGGAGAAGCAUGAUGAGUACAUGCUGCGGGAGCUGGUCAAGAGAUGGUCUAACCAUAAAGUCAUGGUUCGAUGGCUAUCCCGAUUCUUCUACUAUCUUGACCGUUACUUCAUUGCUCGGAGAUCACUUCCACCGCUGAAUGAAGUUGGCCUGACUUGCUUCCGUGACCGGGUUUAUAACGAGUUGCAUUCCAAGGUCAAAGAUGCUGUAAUAGCACUUGUUGAUAAAGAACGGGAGGGCGAGCAGAUUGACAGGGCUCUUCUGAAAAACGUAUUGGACAUCUAUGUAGAGAUUGGAAUGGGACAGAUGGAAAGAUACGAAGUGGAUUUUGAAAGCUUCAUGCUUUUGGAUUCAGCUUCUUACUAUUCUCGCAAAGCAUCAAGCUGGAUCCAGGAAGAUUCUUGCCCUGAUUACAUGCUGAAGUCUGAAGAAUGUCUGAAGAAGGAGAGGGAGAGAGUGGCUCACUACCUUCAUUCAAGCAGCGAGCCAAAGCUGGUUGAGAAAGUACAACAUGAGCUGUUGGUUGUGUAUGCAAAUCAGCUUCUAGAAAAAGAGCACUCAGGGUGCCGUGCAUUGCUGAGAGAUGACAAGGUUGAUGAUCUCUCCCGGAUGUACAGGCUUUAUCAUAAAAUUGCUAAAGGUUUAGAACCUGUUGCAAACAUAUUCAAGCAGCAUGUCACAGCCGAGGGUAACGCACUCGUCCAACAGGCGGAAGACACGGCCACUAAUCAGGCUGCAAAUACUGCUAGCGUGCAGGAACAGGUUCUCAUCAGAAAAGUGAUUGAGCUACAUGAUAAAUACAUGGUCUAUGUCGUUGAGUGCUUCCAGAACCACACCCUCUUCCACAAGGCUCUGAAAGAGGCAUUUGAGAUAUUCUGUAACAAAACAGUCGCUGGAAGUUCAAGUGCAGAAUUGCUUGCAACAUUCUGCGACAACAUCCUCAAGAAGGGGGGUAGUGAGAAGCUGAGUGAUGAAGCUAUUGAAGACACGCUUGAGAAGGUGGUCAAAUUGCUUGCCUAUAUAAGCGACAAGGAUCUUUUUGCCGAGUUCUACAGGAAGAAGCUGGCACGCAGGCUCUUAUUUGAUCGCAGUGCUAAUGAUGAUCAUGAGAGAAGUAUUCUUACAAAGCUCAAGCAGCAAUGUGGUGGGCAGUUUACUUCUAAGAUGGAGGGCAUGGUGACAGAUCUUACACUGGCCAGAGAAAACCAAACCAGUUUCGAGGAAUAUCUAGGCAAUAACCCCGCUGCAAACCCAGGGAUUGAUUUGACCGUUACUGUUCUUACAACUGGUUUCUGGCCAAGCUACAAAUCAUUCGACAUAAAUCUUCCCAGUGAAAUGGUCAAGUGUGUUGAAGUUUUCAAAGGGUUUUAUGAAACUAAAACGAAACACAGGAAACUUACAUGGAUCUAUUCACUAGGAACCUGUCACCUCAACGGCAAGUUUGAUCACAAGCCCAUUGAGUUAGUUGUGUCGACUUACCAGGCUGCUGUGCUUCUACUCUUUAACACAACAGACAAAUUGAGCUACAACGACAUCUUGACUCAACUGAACCUAAGCCAUGAAGAUCUAGUGAGGUUGCUUCAUUCCUUGUCAUGUGCUAGAUACAAGAUCCUUGUCAAGGAGCCAAGCACAAAGAUUGUUUCCCAGACUGAUUCAUUUGAAUUCAAUGCCAAAUUCACCGACAGAAUGCGCAGAAUAAAGAUCCCUCUCCCACCUGUCGAUGAAAGGAAGAAAGUAGUGGAAGACGUGGACAAAGACAGACGCUAUGCGAUUGAUGCUGCGAUCGUGAGGAUCAUGAAGAGCAGGAAAGUGUUGGGACAUCAACAGCUUGUAUCCGAGUGCGUUGAGCAGCUUAGCCGAAUGUUCAAGCCUGAUAUCAAAGCCAUCAAGAAGCGUAUGGAGGAUUUGAUAACGAGGGAUUAUUUGGAGAGGGACAAGGAGAACGCUAACAUGUUUAGGUACUUGGCUUAGAAGGAAAGAAACAACUAUGGAGGUGGUUUGACUCAUGAAAGAAAGGGGUAAUGAAUCGAAGCAUCUCAGCUGCUCUCCUGCUUGUAUAUGAGAAUCUCAUUUGGAUACUUCCACCCUAAGUAAAAACUUUGUUUUUAAUUUUUUUUUUUGGUUAUUUCCUUGACAUUCGGUCUUGUGCUUUUUUUUUUUCUUGGGAUGCAAACUACCUUGUGGGGGGUUUUGGUUUCUUGGAUAUGAAUUUGGAGAUGGCUUAAUGAAUUUGAUAAUAUCUGCUUUUAGCUACGUUCA